AUGCUUAACCUUCCCAUUUCAUUUCUUUUCUCUGGUGGUGGUGGUGGUGGUGUUCUACAAGGGACUACUUGUGAGGCCAUCCUGUGCACACUAACCGCGGCCAGGGACCAAAUGUUAGACAAAAUUGGGAGAGAAAACAUGGGGAAGCUUGUUGUUUAUGGGACUACUUCAUCCAAUGCAGUUGAUCCAUUGGGGCCAUUAUGUGAUAUAGCAAAAGAUUAUAAUAUUUUGGUUCAUAUUGAUGCUGCAUAUGCAGGAAGUGCAUUUAUUUGUCCAGAGUUUCGCCAUUUUCUUCAGGGUAUUGAGGGUGCUAACUCAUUUAGUCUCAAUGCGCAUAAAUGGUUCCUCACCACUUUGGAUUGUUGUUGUCUUUGGGUAAAGGAACCAAGUGCCCUAAUCAAAGCUCUCUCAACUGAUCCGGAGUAUUUGAAGAACAAGGCUUCUGAUUCAAACCAAGUGGUGGACUACAAAGACUGGCAAAUAGCAUUGAGCCGACGUUUCCGAGCAAUGAAGCUAUGGCUUGUGCUCAGAAGCUAUGGCGUAUCAAACCUAAGAAACUUCAUAAGGGGUCAUGUAAAAAUGGCUAAACAUUUUGAAGGGCUCAUAGCCAUGGAUAAGAGGUUCGAGGUCGUGGUUCCUAGAAAUUUUGCAAUGGUUUGUUUUCGGAUUUCGCCAUUAAUGAUGGGAAAUGCUAAUCAAAAGCUUUUAGGUGAAGAAGAUGCAAAUGAAUUCAACAGAAAGCUUUUGGAAUCCAUUAAUGCGACAGGGAGAGUGUACAUGACACAUGCUGUGGUUUGGGGAGUGUACGUGAUAAGCCUUGCUGUUGGAGCAACACUUACAGACUAUUGCCAUGUGAACAAGGCUUGGAAGGAGAUACAAGAGCAUGCACAUACCAUGCAAAGUUAG